AUGGAGAAAGUACAGAGGAAACGAAAGAAGGAUGACGGAAGGCAUGAACGCAAAAAAGGCAAGAAAGAAUCUACAAAAUCCUCUUUGCUAGCUUCUGCUUCAGCUGCAACAGCCGCAAGUGAUAGUAAUAAUACCGCGGACAGCAGGAGGUCACCUCUUGAUGCUAGCACAGAAAAAGAUGCAGAUGUGUCUACGACAUCAACAAACCAAGUCGAUGGCAAUGCAGGAGAGGAAGGCAAAGAUAAUAUGGAUGCAAAGGACAAGGAUAGUGAGGCCUCUAUGCGCCAGUCACCGGAGCCCAACUGUUCUAUUUGCCUAAGUAAGCUGGAAAACAAGUCGUUCACCGACAGCUGUUUUCAUAUGUUCUGCUUUGUAUGCCUGCUUGAAUGGUCAAAGAUCAAAACGGAAUGUCCACUUUGCAAACAACCAUUUAAGAGCAUUAUCCACAAUGUGCGAUCAUAUGACGACUAUGACCAGUAUGAUGUCCAAAAGCAAGAUAUGCCUGAAGAGAGACGUUUUCGCUACCGGACGACCCUUACUGUCGAUCGUCUCUUAGCCCUGCAGAAUCCGAGAGGUCGGGGAGAAUAUCAGGACAGCAUCUAUGGCUCCCGGUCUCAUAUGACCACCCGUCAUUCUUCACGCAGACUACAACAGCAGCAACAACAACAACAGCAGCAACAACAGCACCAUCAGUUGCUGUAUUCCCGGCAUUCACUCGAGUUUCGCCGUAGUGUAUAUCGAAACAACCUGCAGAUUGUUAAGAACAAGAGCUCAAAUCUUUAUCGCAACACAAAGCCAGAUUUUCUCCAGAAGAACCCGACGGCGAUUCACCGACUUGCACCCUGGCUAGAACGUGAGCUGAAUGUCCUUUUGCGGCACCAGGAGAGCCAUGUGCCGUUUGUGAUGGAGUUGAUUCUUGACCUCAUCAAAUGUUACCCAAUUAGCAGUGAGGAAUUUUAUCAGCAUAUACUGCCAUUUGUUGGUCGCAACACAUCACACUUCAUGCACGAGUUUGAAAACUUUGCCAAGUCAACAAUGCCUGACAUGCGUUCCUAUGAUGAAAACACACAGUAUGUACCUUUUACACAGUUGGUAGACUCAAACAGUGAUGCCUCAUCGAGUGAUGACGAUGAUGACGAUGUAAUCGUGCUUUCUCCAAGGGAAACUACCACUGCGACUGCCACUGCUACCACCUCUCGUAAUCAGAGUAGUAUAUCUGUCUCAAUAAGCCUUGGACAUCCUUCACAGCAAAUAGUGAUGACAUCAUCGUCUUGGGAUAAACAGUCUUCAGAUAAAAGCCAAGCCGAGAGCAGCACUUCAAAUGGACAGACCUCAAUGUCUGGUUGGGAGUCACCCCAACCAGGACCAUCUGGUGUCUUACCAUCGUCCAUUAUUGAAACAACAAACGCAACAACUGAAUCAACCACGGCGGAACCCUGCCCGGCUUCGGAAUCUACAUUGAAGCCGGAAACCAGUAAAAGGAGACAAAUAGACAGUUCUUCUGAUUCAAAUGAAAGUGAAGCCAAUGGCGAGAAAGACAAUGAUGAGGAAGACGAUGACAGUGACGUUGUCAUUACUGGUUAUGAGAAACCAUGGGCUGAGCGAUCACCAAUCCUCAUUUCUGAUUUGGAUGAUGGGAGUGAUGAAGAAGAGGAGACUGAGCAGGCUGCUGAAAAAUCUGAAGAAGCCAAUGUUCACACACGAUCUAGUGUGAGCGGGGAAAAUCAUCGGUCUGCAGAAGGCACAGAAAAAAGAAGCAGUUCACAGCAGAAAGAGCGCAGUCGUCGCAAAUCACGGCAUGACAAGUACUCAUCAGGCUCUUCACAUAGCAAUGAACAACGCCGACGUGGACAUAACUUACGUUCAUCAACCACGUCUUCCUUUGAAACAACUGUGUUUAACAAGCGGAUAUCAUCUCGGUCAAGGUCCAAAUCCCGGUCAGCAUCACGUUCCCGCCAUUCCAAAAGGAAGAAUAGUAGUUCAAGCUAUUCUACCAAGGAGAGGAGGUCUCGUCGUCAGCGUCACCGUGAUGACUCUCCAACUUCCUCUUCCUCAUCCCUACAGCUGCAUAUUUCCCAAAGAUCCAUUUUUUGUCCUCUGUCCUAUAGCAAUGUCUACCGAGUUGGCAGUCACCCACGUCGUACACUGACCGAACAUUCCAGCAGUGCAUGUGACUAUGAGAGCUACUCACACACAAGAUCACGUCGAAAACACCGCAAUAGUUACACACCGACAAGUCCCUUGAGGCAUCCGUCUCGAGCAAGGUCACGGUCCUCUAGUGUGGAGAUUAUAGCCUGCAAACGCCAGCGCAGGAACCACAAGAAACACAAAAAACAUAAACACAGGAAGCAUCACCGGAGCAAACACUCCUCAAAAGUAUCCUCGUCUGCUUGUGGCUCAGUCUCUGAUAGUAAUUUUGCCAGUGGCUCAGAUGUAAUGCCUAUCUCUCCACCCCCAGCAUCUACAUAUAAGAAGCACCAUUCUGGCUAUAAGAAUUCCCAUUUGAAGCGUAUUCCCACUAGUCCCAGCACUGAUGAUGUUCGCAUCAUUGCUACUGUCCAUGGAGAAGGGUCCUAUUUGGAGAGUUUCCAAAAAUACUCCAACAGCUUGCGUCCCACUGCAUCCUCAACAGCUACUUGUUCUCGUUCAUUUAAAGAAAGGGCUUACCCCAUGUCACCACUAGGAAGCUGUCCUUCAUCUCCCAUUAUUGAUGCAGAAACAAUAGGAGCAGAUGUAGUUAUACCCUCUGAAGGCAACGACUGUCAAGUUGGCUUGGACAUUGUGGGAGAGAAAGUAAGGCAUGAUGAUGAGAGACUAACAAAAACCAUAAGCGUGCCUGUAUCAACUUGUGGCACCUUGGAUGAGAUAAAUGACCCCGAUCUUAAACUCAUGAUUCCUGACUUGAUGGAUGUGCGGCCAAAUUCUCCUUCCUCUCCCUCAACCAGCAAACCGGAUUGCAUGCAGGCCAAUAGCAGCACUUCCACAACCUUGACCAGUGCCUCCCAGAUUGGCCUCUCAUCCUGUGCUUUAGACUCCUCAAAAUGGCUCCCCCUGUCACUGUCUGCUGAACAACCUUCUCCACCUGCAAAUCCAGAUUGUCGGUACAGCGGUAAGAAUGCUGGAGAUUUCUGUCCUUUUAUUGGAGAGGUUGACAGAGUCACUCCAGAUACUCAUAAACCAGCAGCUACAGUUACCUUAGACUCUGCCAAUGACUCCAAGUUACCUUCAAAUUCAAAUGGCUUGAACAUUUUCAGUUCGGUUUUUGAAUCGGCUCUUAUGUCCAGUGAAAGCAAUAGUAGUUUCUCCUCUACAAUAUCAGUCACUGACCAUGCACCCAUAACCCACGAGCUUAAGCCGUUCAGUAUGUCACUAACCACCCCACUUGAACCUGGUCCAUCAACUUCCCUGGCCAGUUUCCAACCUCUGCCAUUACAAAUAGCAUUUGAUGACCAUGACAUUACAAUGCCAAUGUCAAGUACACAUCCAGUAGACACUCAAAAUAACUGGACGCCUCAGGAACAGAAGGAGGAGGCUGCUGAAGAACAGUCUUCAUCACAUCAUGAAAAUCCAUGUAGCAACAAAGAGGCUUUAUCAACAACUUUGCUAGAUACCCUCAGUACAAUUUGUAGCACAUCAGUUGCAAAACUAUCUGAAACUGCCGAUAAUAGUGAUCUUAAAAAGACAAAUCUGCUGCCUCUGUACAGUACAGCCACAGAAACCUGGCAGUCAUCGUCGUCAUCUUCAUUGAGCACUCUUGCUGCUGCUGCUUCUCUUUCAAUCUCUACUGACUUUGCUGUAAAACUGAGUUCUGAAAAAGCUGUAUUCAAUACAACUUCCACAACUACCAAUAUUACCACUACCUCUGAAAUCUCUUCUCUCUUCAGCUCUUUUACAGCUGUCCCAACCACUGCCAGCACUGUUUCUUCUGUUCCAAAAACAGCUGCCUUGUCUCUUACGUCCUCUGAAAGAAAGGCACGAGAGGAGGCUAUUUGUACUGACAGUGACAUCCAGUCACUCAUCUCGGAUGUAUUUGCCUUAAACUCUCAGUCGAACAUUAUUCCUUCACAGAGGGAAAGUAUGAGGAGCAGCAGAAGCCCUUCACCUUCUCUUCAGCAAGGAGAGAAAACCCCCAAUUCAGGUACCUACAACAAUUACCAGGCUCAAUCCCCAAUCCCUAGCACUACCCAAGGAAAACUGCUGAUAGAUAUGGGUAACAAAGACUACGACAAAAAGUCAGAUGUUGACAAUGAUGAUGACGAUGAUGAUGAUGAAGACGACGAUGACUAUUCAGGUUCAGACUCUUCGUCUAAUUUGAUGUCAUUUUUUGACAAGAAUCAAGCACAGCAUCCCCAGCAGCCUGAACAUACUGUGUCAUCAGCACUUGAGGCCAAGCGGCAAAUGGUGUCCUCGUCUCUUUUAUCACCCAGUAGCAGUGACAAUAAGGCUGAGAGACUAUACGAAUAUUCUUCUCUUAACCUGUCUUCAAACAAAAAGAGCUCGCUUAAGAUGACCUUCAAACGUCUCAAGCCCUCAUCCUGGGUUGAUGAAGCUGUUCAGGACUCCUCUUCUAAAAUUCCCAGUAUGAAACAGGUGUCAAUGCCAAGUGCAUCAUCAAGUCAGAGUGGCUCGUCUAGUGAUUGUGGUGAUUCUGAAUCGAGUAAUCAAGGUGAUCAUUGUCAUACACAAACAAGCUCAGAAUUAAAGCAUGAACAGAAUUCACCAGCAUUGAAAGAAUCUGCCCUAAAUGAUACUUUAACUGAACUCUCUAUUGGCAGGACUAAGAAAACCAAUUCACCUGAGAAACCAGACCCUGAUAGCCCCACUGUGGCUCCCAAAGAUUCUGUUCAUUCAUCAUAUCAAGCAGAUUCUGCUGCAAAUUGCUUUUCUCAGGACAACUUAUUUGACGAAUCUUCAAGCGAUGAGUCAAAUGUACAGAGCUGUAAAGAUCCUGAUUCUUCAGGCCUGCAGUUGUCUGCAACUGGGUCCCCGCCACAGGUAAGUAAGCCUCUAGGCAGGCUUUCAGGUCAUCAGGUGUCAAAGCCAUCUUCUCAGGACUCCUCUCGGCUCGAGGGCCAUUCUGAAGAAUCGUCUUCAGGCAGUGAGGAAUUAGACAACAAAGAAUGUGAGGGUUCCAAUCAUGGAACGGACUAUAAGAUGAUUCGUUCAUUCUUGCAUUCUCAGGGUGAUGUUUCGGACGAAUUUCACAGUGGUAUUGAUGAUGAUGAUGAGGAGGAGGAGGAGGAAGAUCACGCUUUAUUUUCCUCUAGUGAACUAUGA